AGAAACCAUUAGUAAAGCAGUAUGUUGAGGGUGGAGAGGGCUGAAAGAGAAAGUUCACAUGCUAUACAUUUAAAUUUAACAGGUCUUUAAAAAAAAAGAGACCCCUGCUAUGAUUCAUAAUAUUAUUCUCAUCCUGUUAGAAAGUGAAAAGAACAACUCAGCCUGAGUAGAGGAAGUAUUUCUGUUCCAAGAAAAAGGAUAGGAGAACAGCUUGCAGGCUGUGGGAGAACUGUUGCAGAACUGUUGAGGAAAAGUUGACAUCUCAUCAUCCCUGAGAACACUCUCCCACAGCUGUCCCCCUCAAUCUGACUGCCAAAUAUUCCUUCACAUGUCUGUAAUGGCCAACUCCACAGCACUUAGCGUAAACUCUACUGCAAAGAACGACACAUCUGUUCGGGGAUCAUACUUUGAAGCCAUAGUUGGGGCUGUCAUUGCUGCGGUGUUUCUGGUCCUGCUCCUCCUCCUGGCCGUCAUUCUGCGAUACAUGUACCAGCACAAGGGCACAUAUCAUACCAAUGAGGCCAAGGGCACAGAGUUUGCCGAGACAGCAGACGCUGCUCUUCGUGGAGACCCAGCCCUGCAGGACGCCAUGGAUGAGAGCAAGAAAGAGUAUUUCAUAUGAGACACAAUAGAUAGCUGUUUAUACACAUCAUAUAACAAACACUUACAGGCUCACAUGAUGCCUCAAUCCUGUUUGCUCGAGCAGUGAAGUAGCUGACAGAGCUCGCCGCAAACAGAAACAGACAAGAAGAGUAUUAUGAAAUAUAUUUCAAUAUUUUACAUUCUUAUUCUUUUUUUUUUUUUUUUCCUGAAAAAAGAGGUAACAUUUGAAUAUACAUGGAAGAAAAUUCUGUACUCCUUGUAUUGGAAGCUGAUUGUUGGCACAAACAUCAGCUCAGGAGAAUGUGAUGGUAUUCAGGUGAAGGAAAGGAAAGUCAUUGGUAUUAUUAGACAGGAUUUGAAUAUGAAUGCCAAGUGAUAACUGUUUACAAAAAAAAGUGAAAUUAAUUGGUCUCUCAUAUAUUUAUAUAUUCUUGGGGGGCCAGAUUCAAAACCUUCUUAAGAAAGAAGUUAAGAAGUUUAAUUUAAAUUAUAAGAACUUCAUAAAAAUGUUAUUAGUUAAAGGUGCAGUAAGUGAUUUCUAAGAAACGCUGCUGAAAGUGGAUCGGACCAAGCAGCACAACACACUUGUAGCCAAUCAGCAGUAGGGGACGUAUACACUCAUGAUGGGGGAGGAGAGAGAGUGAGCAAGAGGGAGAUUUGAAGAAAGACUGUAGAAAGAGAGAUGGCUGAGAGACAUUACAAAAGAGAAAAGGUCAAGAAGAAUAUCACUAGAAAUAGAAGGGUUAUGAUCAGGCAAGAGCUUUAGGACCCGCGUUCAUAUUAGAAGCUUUCCAGCGUUGGAGAGACAUAAGCAGGAAGGCCUGAAAAAGGACACAAGGUUGCAUUGUCUCUGCUCCAUAUGGGAGUGACAUUUGUUUUGCUAUGUUUUACAGAACCAAGUUAUGCUGUUGUUGUAGCUAUAGUAACAGGACAGUUUUGAGUGUCAUUGUUUGUCUAGCUUGUAUGUACUCUGGCUUGUAUAUCUCUUGCUUGUAUAUACUCUUGAGUACUAUAUGUUCAUUUUUUGUUAUUUGUUGUCGUUCAUUCAUCAUCUUCGCUUCAUUUUUCACGAAGCAUUAUUUUGCGUGUUUGUGCAUUUUGGGGCCGGAACAAUGAAGGAAGGGGUGUGUUUGUUUUGGUUGAUUUCAAAUAUCAACAGUGUUUCUCAGACACUGCUUAUUGCACCUUUAAGUGCAAUUAUUUAAAAAGUGUAAUUCUUUAAAAACUGACUUGUUAGAAGUUCAGGAUAUGAGAACAAGAACAUUUAUGUAGACAAUAGGAAUGUAACUUCUGUGGAUGUCUUGACUUUUUGACUUCACAUAUAUGCUUUAGCUACAAAUAAAAUUACCUACAUUGCU